AUGCUCGAUGCAGUGCCCCGCAAAACGCUCUCCGCUGCGGGCCCGCCCAGCCGCCCCUCUCCCGGGACCCCCGCGCCGUCCCCGCCCCUGAGCCCGGGCGUCCCUUCCCGGGCGCAGCCGGGGUUCCCGGCGCGGUGCACAAAGCCGCGGUGCGCGCCCGCCCGCCGGUCCGCCCGUCGCCAGGCUGUCGCCCGCAGGGCCGCGGCGUGCAGGCCCCUUACCUGCCCCGCUCGCCUCGGGCCCGCUGCCAGCCCGCCGCGCGCAGAGGAGCUCCGAGCUGCUGGCCAGACGCUCGUGACGACUGCACCCAAGGCUGCGUCGCUCUGCAGCCCCGGGUCACGUGAGGGCCCUGCGUCACUGCCAAGCCCGCUCCCCCAGCUCGGGAGGCCAGUGCGACAGGAGGCCCCGCCCCCGCCUCCCCGCCGCCAGNGCUCACCUCGGGGCCCCACCCGUCACUCAUCCGGAUCCUCACCAAUCUGA